CUCGCCGCCUUCCUCUGCGCUGCAGAGCUGCAGUGAUGUCAGCCUGCCUGGGUCAUUUGAAGGUCAGCAGCCUCGGAAGGGUUCACCCAAAGUUCACUCGCAUACAUUAGGCAAUUCAAUCUUUCAUUCUCGGUGGCAAAACUAGUUGGAAAUGAGCAGCAGUGGUGGGACGGAUAACCCAUUCGUCAUCGCGGAGGGGAACGGCUGCUUUUUAAACAUCGCCCGUGAUUAUUUUCUGCCCUUAGAAUAAUAAAGAAGCUCCGCUCCGAGCGGGCGACAGCGCGAGCGCUUCAGCCGAGAGCCGGGACGGAGCGAUCCGCUGCGAACACGGCGGAGCGGCGCUGGCUAUGGAGGAACCCCGUCCGGAGGUCCGCUGCAGCGCGCUGACUGCUCCCGGUGCCAAAGACCCGAGGAGGGGCAUCUAAGACAAGCUGCGGGACCAAAGUAAUUCAUGUUUCCGGUGCGGGACGGAGGAGAAAAAGAGGAGAGAAAUCCGCUGCGCCGAGAAGAAGAAGAGAGGGGGAGAAAAAAGAGAAGGAGGGGUGAAGAAAAGGAGUUUGAUGGAGUUGUGUGCGCCUAUGCCGUCGAUUUUCCUGCAGAACGCACACGAGUGAGUGAACAAAGUGGUCAUGUUUGACUGCAUGGACAUGCUGGCCGUGAGUCCCGGGCAGAUGCUGGACUUCUACACGUCCAGCCCGUCGUCCUGCAUGCUGCAGGAGAAAGCUCUGAAAGCCUGCAUCAGCGGACUGGCGCAAAGAGAGUGGCAGCACCGGCGGAGCGCACACUCCAUUGAAACGCAGAGCACCAGUUCUGAGGAGUUGGUCCCCAGCCCACCAUCGCCGCCGCCUCCGCCCAGAGUCUACAAGCCCUGUUUCGUCUGCCAGGACAAAUCCUCUGGAUAUCACUAUGGAGUCAGUGCGUGUGAGGGCUGCAAGGGCUUUUUCCGUCGAAGCAUUCAGAAGAACAUGGUAUACACGUGUCACCGGGACAAAAACUGCAUCAUCAACAAAGUGACGAGGAACCGCUGCCAGUACUGUCGCCUGCAGAAGUGCUUCGCUGUGGGAAUGUCCAAAGAGUCUGUUCGGAACGACCGGAAUAAGAAGAAGAAGGAAAGUCCAAAGCCAGAACUGGCAGAGAGCUACGAACUGACAGUGGAGCUGGAGACCAUCAUUGAGAAGAUCCGUAAGGCCCAUCAAGAAACCUUCCCCUCCCUCUGCCAGCUUGGCAAAUACACCACGAACUCGAGUGCAGAUCACCGUGUGAGGCUGGACCUGGGCCUGUGGGACAAGUUCAGUGAGCUGGCCACCAAGUGCAUUAUCAAGAUCGUUGAGUUUGCCAAACGAGUGCCUGGCUUUACAGGGCUGACCAUCGCUGAUCAGAUCACACUUCUGAAAGCUGCCUGCCUGGACAUACUGAUCCUGCGUAUCUGCACACGGUACACUCCUGACCAGGACACCAUGACCUUUUCAGACGGACUGACCCUAAAUCGGACACAGAUGCACAACGCUGGCUUCGGCCCUCUCACCGACUUGGUGUUCACCUUUGCCAACCAACUGCUGCCCAUUGAGAUGGACGACACAGAGACGGGUCUUCUCAGCGCCAUCUGUCUCAUCUCAGGAGACCGUCAAGAUCUGGAGGAGCCCUCCAAGGUGGAUCAGCUCCAGGAGCCACUUCUGGAGGCUCUGAAGAUCUAUGUGAGGAAACGCCGACCGAGCAAGCCACACAUGUUUCCCAAAACCCUUAUGAAGAUCACGGACCUGCGCAGCAUCAGCGCUAAAGGAGCCGAGAGAGUCAUCUCUCUGAAGAUGGAGAUUCCAGGUUCCAUGCCUCCUCUCAUCCAAGAAAUGCUGGAAAACUCAGAGGGACAGGACGGUCAGAUCAGCAGCAGCAGCAGCGCGUCCACCAAGGCCGAGGCCAGUCCCAGCACCAAGGACAACGAGUCGCCAGAGUCCUUGGACCCCGACGAGGCCACGCCCCCCCGGCCUAGCACCGAGCCCUAGGAGGCACAAGGUGUCUCUUUAACUCGUUCAGACAUUCCUUUGCACAAAAAAAUCAGCCGACAAGGCGCUGACCCUCUAUAACCUAUUCCUUCUCUUUUGCUUGGUGUAACAUUAACUGUAAAUCCUUCUAUUUUUCUCUCCAUUUUACUCAAAAAUGUUUUCUCCUCAAAAAGAAAACACGGAGGCCUCAAAGGUUGAGUGCUCUGCGUUUGGCUGUGAGUGGAGCUGUAGUUUGGGGUCAGGACUCAGGAGGAGGGCCCUUGGGGGCCUCCCCAAAAACCACAGAUGAUACUCCUCAGGUCUCCUAUGUAAAUUUGUAUCUGCAUGAUGGGAGUUUGAUAACGAUUUCUCUUUCUGUGUUUCUCCGUCAUCUCUGUCCAUCAGUGGUACUGCUGACAUACACACACUGUACAUACCAUGGUAUGGUCAGGCCUCUGUUUAUAGGAGAGUUUUGUGGUGCUUGUCCAUCAUGUUGAUUAUUUUCAAGGUUUAAAGCAGAACUCAUUUUAAGUUAUUUUUUUCAAAAAAAAAUUAUCUAGAAUGUUAUUGCACAUAGAUAUGACUGAAGUCAGACAUUUUCCAUCUGUUUGUAUAUUCAAAACUGCUCUUUAGUCUUACAUGACAUGUGUGUUGUUCAUGGAUGAGUGUGCAUCCACACCAGCAGAAUGCAGCGCUUCCCUCCAUACCUGCAGCUGAGUCCGUUCAGCUAUAUCCUCAGGGAGGGAAGCAAACAGCAAAGGCUUUGAUACACACUCAUCGGACCGUCAGACCUGAGCGAGCAGAUUCACACACACACACGCACGCACCCACCUAUACGCACGCACACGUGUGCACACCCACACGCACACAUAGAGGCUGCCUGCCCAGAAAUACAACCAAGACAAGAGACUAAAACUGUCUGUCAAAUUCAUCACAAUCUGACACAACUCUUGCACUUUAUGUUUUGUUACUGACUUCGCAGAAAACCAAAAUCUAUUUUUUUGUAAAGUUUUGACCUGUUGAAAAAGGAUGCUAACAAUUCCAAACUCUGUCUGAGAAAUAUAAUAGGAACAAUUGCAAUUGCUAGUGCAGCAGUUGAGGCACUUAUCUUUAGCAUCAGGAAAAUGCAAUUAAGGCAACUAGCAUGAUUAGCAUUAGAAGUGAGGCCACUGGAACUCAGACAUAAACUUUCUGAAAUCCUACCAACAUUCACAGACCCAACAUGUUCCUUGACAACAGGUUGGAAGAGAAAAAGGCCAAAUCUUUUGUUCAGCCUUCCUUUUGUCUGCUGAAAGUCUUGCUCUAUCUUAGAUCCUAAUAGAACUGCAGACUUGAUCCUACUACGGCUGUACUGAUUGCAGUUAUCUUUCAAAAUCCUCACCUCCCGAUUCCAAUAUUGAUCGCUACCAAUAUUUUUGUCUGAAGAGUCACUAAAUAUAGAGACAAAGUUUCUAAGUUGUCAAGAGUAGAGCGAGUGCUGCUAAACGCUAACAUGCAGAAGUGACCCCUUUGGCUGACAGUAGCUGAACGGAUUGCCAGUUAUCCGAUUUAUCGACCGGUUUAUUAGUUCACUUCUAGUCACUACAUCUCUUCCUGGAGAGCACUGUUUCAUGUUUAUGCAGCUUUAUACAAUUCUUCUGACUUAAUCUGAAACUAACUGACAAUCUUUGAGUCUUAUCUAAGUAAAAACAUCCACAUCAUGUGGAGUACGGAUGGAUUUCUAACAGGCACACCAUAGCCGUUCAAUCUGAAGAUCAUCUGGUUCUGGUUACCAGCUGAUGCAUCCAUGAUUCAUAUCAAGGCUGAAUGAUUUAACUAUGUUCAUCUGGAAGGAUUCAGCUAUCUCAUCUAUAAAAAUGAGAUACCAAAACAAACAAAUCGGGUGAGAUUUAGGACUAUUCCUAAUCUAGGUAAUUGUUCCAGCCAGAUCCAACCCUGUUCCGCCUUCAUAGUAAAUGUUUCUGCCUCAGUGAUCAAACUAUUUUUUGUCCUUAAAUUCUGAUAUCGGUCUGCAGCUGGUUUAUAUUUCCCAGAAUGAAGUCGGCCUAAUGAGUGUGUAUCUGCUCCCAUCGACGGCAUCAGAGCUCUGCUAUGGCCUUAUGAACAGAGCUCUGAAUCUCACCUUCCUCCCCCCUCAUAAAGUGUCUUGUUUGAACCAGUGAAACACAGGGGUAAUGCAAUCCUUAAACACACUAAACACCGGAAUUCCGGGCCUCAUGGGUCCGGAUGAUUGUAGCUAACGCAGAAAGCACAUCCCACUGUGGGGUGGGAUCUGUAGCUCCGCUCCAAAUGUUUGCCUUGCUCUUCUGACCUGACUGUGUAAGCUUUAUCUAACAAUGCAAAAGGAGAUUCCAGAUGACCUCUGACCCCUCCAGACGGCCAGCUGAGUAAACGCUUCCUUUGGGAGGCGAAUCCUGCUGAGCUGGUAUGGAGGCAUUAGGAAGUUUCUCUGAAGCUAAAACAUGUUCCUGGAGAGCUGCCUUUCUUCACAGUCAAGGUCACAUGUGAAGCUGAACCAUAAGAGAAAAGACACUGUUAUAUCUUCCUGAAGGACCCAGACCCUCCACUGCCUCAGGGUCCAUCAACUCUGAUGUGGUACUCCAAUCUCAGCACAGAUGAUAUUUUUUAAUACAUUUACUAAAAGCAAUAUUUUUCUAUUUGAAGACAGUUAUAAUCACUUCUUAGUUGAUAAUAAAGUGACUGGAUCUCGUUUUAAAGUCUGUUUUACUGAAGAAAAUGUUUUGUUUUAAGCUGAAUUUCCACUGAAGAUCUAAAACGUAAACAUUGACUUUGCUGCAAAAAAAUUAACAAGAAACUUCCACACUACCAUGUCUCACCUAGUUAGAGUUAAAGAAAUUGAUUGGAUUUCAGGAAGUGGGGUUAUGUUGAAAGUCUAUGGGUAGUAAAUAUCUCACCUGAUGUUGAUGGUUGUAUUAGCGCCUACGCUUCAGUGAAGCAGAGCUUUGUUUUAGAACUAAACAGAGCUUGACAGGGGUGCUUAAAAGCACCCCUGUCACAUCUGUUCUAUUCUAACUGGUAGAAUAGAACAGAUUGAUCCUAAAAAGGGAAAUUGCUUAUUUGUUGACAAGCUACUCCAUCCAAAGUAUUAAAUAUUACACUUCAUAUGCUGUGGUUAUACAGAUAUGAUCAUAAGCAUCUGAGGUGUAAUAUUGUGAAGGCUGGUUAAAAAAACAAAACAAAACAAAAAACAAACACAGUUUCAUAGUAAUAAAAAUUUAAACCAGAAAAGCAAUAAUAAUCCCUAUUUUUGCUUAAUCAAUCUAUGAUACUGUACACAGUGGGGCCCCGGAAUUAGUUGGGGUUAAGGACCAUGACCGUCCCAACUGAACAUAACUGUUUUUUUUUUUUAUUAAAUAAACAGUUAUAUUUAUUACUGUUGGCUCAUAAACCAAGCAUGACUCAAUAUGCACUAUAAUGGAAACUGUCUUAGCACUCCAGCAGAAGAUAGGAUUCACCAUCUUCCUAAUCUUUGCUCUGAUGGGUUCAGCCAACCAGAGCCAAGAAAAAUAAAUGGCACUCGUGGAUUGGCUGCUUUGUAAACUCCAGCCAAUAGAGUGUCAAGCAGCGUUGCAACUAGGUAUUUUCUUUCGAAUAUUUAAGAUAAGCUCUGCAAAAAACUUUGUGUAUAGCCAAAUUCUCCACAAAUGACUGGAAAUUCUGUUCUACAGAAAAAAAUUACAAACAGGGCUCUACUGUUUUAACCUUGUAUUAAUGUUUUUUUUUUUAUUAUUGUUAUUUUGACACAUAAACAAGUAAAGAAACUCCUACAAUGUGUAGAUCUGUCCCCUACUCUGCAAAACUACAAAAUCUUACCCAGUAUUUUUGCCAUAUUUCUAGAGUAAAUAUUUUAAACACAUUAGACAAAAUGUACUUACCAGUAAGCUUAUUUUAAGUCAA